GAAUUGGGGCGCGGCGACGAGUUCGACCAAACGUUCGAUCACCACCGCGUCAGCCGAGAGUUGCUGAAUCGCAUGUACCCGCUCCCCCAGUACGCGGGCAGGCAGCUGUUCGCGUGGAAGUUCACGGACAUCACCCCCGUGGCCCCGCGCUUGCUUCUCGCGCCGGUCAACGGGGCAGUGAAGAGCUUCAACUUCGCCAUG